GAAAACGGUGGGAAGAAGAAAAUCAGAGGAGCCCUACUUCUCGCGCAUGCUCAGUAGCAUUUUGGUAACCAGAAGAGUUGGGUAAACAUUUAAAACCUACUACAAUCAACAACUCUUAUUACUCGUCAUUUUGCGCUUUGUAUGCAAUGGCGGAAGAAAAGUUUACUAAAGAAGAAACGCUGGCAAUGAGACUAAGGCUAAUUGGGCAGUCAUGUCGACUGUUUUACAAAGAAGACCCUGUGAAAAUAGUGAGAGCAAGAGGACAGUACUUGUUUGAUGAAAACGGGAAGCGAUAUUUGGACUGCAUCAGUAAUGUCCAACACGUAGGUCAUUGUCAUCCGACCGUAACAAAGGCGGCAGCAGCACAAAUGGACCUUCUGAACAUAAAUUCUCGAUUCCUGAAUGAUAAUAUAGUCCUUUACGCUGCUCGUCUCGCUGCCACUUUGCCUGAAAAACUGUGCGUCUUCUAUUUUGUAAACUCUGGUUCAGAGGCCAACGACCUUGCCUUGCGCUUGGCCCAACAGUACACCCAAAACCAAGACGUCGUAGUUCUUGACCACGCUUACCACGGACAUCUAAUGUCUCUCAUCGACAUCAGUCCUUACAAGUUCCGGAAACUAGCGGGACAGAAAGACUGGGUUCACGUGGCGCCUUUACCAGACAUCUACAGAGGGAUCUACAGAGAGGAUCACCCCAACCCAGGCCAGGCUUAUGCAGAUACAGUAAAAGACCUGAUAGAGGAGAUCCACAGGAAAGGUCGCAAGAUCUCUGCGUUCUUUGCUGAAUCACUGCCAAGUGUUGGAGGGCAGAUCCUCCUUCCCCAGGGAUACUCCAAUAAAGUCGCAGAGUACGUGCGUUCGGCUGGAGGAGUGUUCGUGGCAGACGAGGUGCAGACAGGAUUCGGGCGUGUGGGGAGUCAUUUUUGGGGGUUCCAGCUGCAGGGGGAGAACUUCUGUCCAGACAUAGUCACCAUGGGGAAACCCAUGGGCAAUGGUCACCCCGUGGCGUGUGUGGCAACAACAGCCGAGAUAGCUGAGGCCUUCACGGCGAAUGGAGUGGAGUACUUUAAUACGUUCGGGGGAAAUCCGGUGUCGUGUGCGAUUGGCCUGGCGGUUCUUGAUGUGAUUGAGGAGGAGGACCUCAGAGGAAAUGCCUUAAGGGUGGGGGAACAUCUACAGGUGUUGCUCAAGAAACUGCAGGCCAGACAUGAAGUUAUAGGAGAUGUGAGAGUUGCGGGACUGUUUGCAGGAGUGGAGUUGGUUACAGACAGACAGAAGAGGACCCCUGCCACCAACCUAGCUGCGUUAGUGGUUAAAAGGUUGAAGGAGGAGGACAGGAUCUGCAUGAGCACCGAUGGCCCCUGGGACAAUGUUUUGAAGUUUAAACCUCCAAUGUGCUUCAGUGUUGAGGAUGCAGACCUGGUGGUGACAUGCAUGGAUCGCAUCCUUUCAGACAACAAAGCCAGCCACCUGAAGCUGGAGAAUGAAGACAGCUAAGGUCUUCAGCACCAAUUCACAGCAUCACCAUGGAACAAGGCAUAUCAGCUCUGAGGACUCCCAAUAAAUAAACAUUUAAAUCAUGAAAGCGCCAAAAAAUGCAUCAAAGUUAUCAGUUAUUUCAUUAAACUCCAUUACCCAGAAUGCCAAAGAAAAUCACUUACCAUUAUCUAUAGCAGAAGUGUUGGUAUAAUAAAUGGAAAUCAACAUAUUUCCAGUUACUCUGCAGAUACUGAGGCCCUCUGCCAAUGCUUUCCAAAGAGGCCUCCAUGGGGAAAAGGUUUACAAAAUUAGCAAGCCAUUUAGAGGUACAUUUACCAUUAACUUUACAAAUAAUAACAAAAAAGAUGUUUUUUGUAAUUUGAACCAAAAGUUUAUUUCUACCACUUUUAUCCAGGACACUUGAGGAAUGAAACUCCAGUGAGAGAGGGAAUGCCCUCUUACAUGAACAGGCUUGCAUUCAGUUCAAUAACACAAGUGAAGUCAGUUAAAACUGCAAACAUGUUCAAGAAAGAAAAACUUUAAAAACCAAGACAAAAAAUAGAAAAUGGGGGAAUGACUCCAUCUGUAUGAUAUUGGCAACAAAGUGACACACCCACUUCUGCUCAUGUUAAAUCCCUUCUUCUACUUAAAUCGUGCAGAAUUCUUUCAAUACAAGAGGAAGAACACUUUUUUCUUUUUUACAAACACAAAAACAGGAAAUAAAACAAAAAAAAACAACUAAACAAUUUUAUUUGAGAGCUUUGAAAGCUCUUGUUCCUCCACAUGUGUAAAUCCAGUUGACAUGUAAAAAUACAACCAUACAUUACAUUAUUCAAAAAAGGUACCAAAAAGUACAGUAAAAAAAUAACACUUCCAUCGCUGGAAAUGUAAAUGGACAC